AUGGUGCUGCAAAUCACCGUAUCAGCUCCUCAAGAUCUCGAUCAAGCACUUUCAAACCUGACCUCCACCGACGAGGCCGACAAACAGCUCAGCCUUGAAGUCUAUGCACCUCUCACUGGCCAGGUCUCCCCACAAGACGAAGACCACCGCAACGCAAGCAGCUUCGGUGUAAGACUGCUCGAGCCUCUCUACGAUGACUGGUGCCACGCGAUUCGUGCUCUACAGCCGCUGAGAAGCUCCCCAAACAUGACCGUCGUACUAGAUCUGACCCGCGCUGCAUCACGUGAACCAAACGCCACAAAUCUGGUGCCGCACGAGGCUCGAGGAUUGACGCGAAUUACUGCUCUACUGCGGCAACGACUGGGUAGUAAGCCAGCCGUCGUUGUGGGUGCGCCGUGCUGGUGCGUACUGAGAGAAUGCGAGAAGCAUGUCGUCCUGCCUAAAGGUCAAAGCUGGCCUCUGAACCGAAGCUCGCAUGUGCCUUUGGAACAAUCCGGGAUCAUAUCUGGACGCGAAACACGGUGUAUGACACUGGCCACAGAGCACUGGGACGACGAACACUGGAACUUCGUCGAGGUACCUGUGUAG